AUGCAUUUCCAGCAGACACAGUCCGCGGGCUCUGCUGCGCCAGCAGACGACCAGAAGCCCAUGAAGCAGUUCAUCCAGACAUCCUCAAGCCUACCGUUCGGCCAGAGCCUCGAGUUGUCCUCCAUCGGCGGCCCUACCUACCUCACCGCCCAGACCCUGAUCCAGCAGGUCGCAUACACACUGUCUGACAAGCUCUUCGCCUACUCGCCAGAAACAUUCGAUCUAGAUUUUGCCGUAAAGCAAUGGAAAGAGCAGGACGAAAAGAAUGCGUUUGGCUAUACAACCGGAGUUUCUCCCCUCGAGACGCGGACAGGAGCGGGCUCGAUUGCUCUAGGAUACAUGUUCUCCAAUGACUUCGACCUCAGCAAGCGCCAUAUCCCGCAAGCGCUUGUCGCAUCUGCGUCCAGUCUGCACCAAUUGCGCCCAGCACUUGACCAGCUAUCUCUGCUUUACUCCCUGGCGAACCCCCUGGUCGCCCAUGUCGCCGCCGUGGACUACGCGGCGGGCUCGUCCUCCGGCUUGGUCACAGACUACGUGUCCGCCCUGACCAUUGCUGACGAGCUCGGCUUGGGAUUGGUGUCCAGUGCGUCGGCUUAUGAGGUACAGCACAUGUCCCUCUUCGCGACUCUGCUCGCCAACAUUGUGCCGACAAUUCACACAUACGACGGACUUACUGUCGGAAGAGAGACUGUAAGAGUUGACGCCCUAGAUCAAGCUGGGUUGUUCCGGGUGUACCAGGCCAUCUCGAAAGAGACUUCCGGAACGGAGAAGAAGCACUCUGACAACGAGGGCAGAGUCGUCCGCCUGCUCAAGGCUUUCAACGAGGAGCUGGGAACGGACUACAAGCUUUUCGAAUAUCACGGACACCCUGCGCCUGAAUCUGUGCUGGUGGUGUUCGGCACCGUGGAGGCCUCCCUCGCUGCCCAGGUUGCGCAAUCGAUGGCCAAGGAAGGCUCGAAAGUUGGUGUGAUCAACGUUCGGGUGUACCGCCCGUUCGUCGAGGAGCUCUUCCUUGAAGUCCUGCCUAAAUCCGUCCAGCACGUUGCUGUUCUCGGUCAGGUCAAGGAUUCCGUAGCCGUGUCCGAUCCCUCUGAGCAUUCUCGCCUCUUCAGCGACGUACUGGCUGCUGUCAGCUUCUCCCGUCAGCUCAGUGGCAUUCCCUUCGUGGAUGAUGUCAAGUAUGCCCGAGAGCAAGUGUGGACUCCCGCCAAGGUUGUCAGCGUGUUCCGCCAGAUUGGCCACAAGUCUGCCUCCAUUGGCGAGACUAUCAACGGCUCCGAGGACCUGGGGGAUCUAGACAUUUUGGACAGCUCUGUUCAGCAGUAUACCUUCUGGGACAUCGCCGAAUCGGCCUCAGCAAGCGCCCCAUUGGUUCUUGGCCAGUUUUUGUCAGCAGAUUCUCCAAACUAUAUCUCGGUCCGCACUGGCCACGACAACCUGGUGCAGGGUGGUGUCAUCCGGACCGACAUCAGAAGCUCUAGCAAGUCUAUCGAAGCCUCUUACUUCAUUGAUACUGCCGACGCGGCAUUCGUGGGCGAUGAGAAGCUCCUUGGAGAGUUCGACGUUUUGAACGGGUUGAAGGAUGGAGGAAUACUAGUUGUUAAGCUCCCAGGCGCCAAGGAUGAGGAUCUCGAGAAGAGGCUUACUGUCGGAGUUCGCAAGGCCAUAUUUGCGAAAAACGUUCAGCUCUUCAUCCUAGACCCAUCUGCAUCGGAGAAGGUAGCCGAGGACAGCAUCCUUGAGACCUACCUCGCCCAGCUGGCUUUCUUGAAAGCCGCACGUAAUGACGCACUUUUCGCCAGUGUACAGAAGCUAGCUGCGAUUAACGGCAGUGAACAGCUACUCGACAGCCUCGCCGAGGAGCUGGAGAAGACACUCCGCCAGGGCAAGGUCCCCGAGUCCUGGGCCAUAAUCGAGCCAGAAGUAGAGAGCAUCUCGCUGCCCACAAAUAUUAACGUCAACAGCUUCACCGCAUUCGAGAAGAUCGACCCCGAGCCGCCAACGCUUCUCAAGACCUGGGUAACAGCCGCCAAGGGCCUCGCCUUCAAAGAAGCCUACGGCACACGCAACGCCCUCCGCCCCGACCUCGGCAUCAAGACCUUCGUCGUGCACGUCAAAGAACGCCGCAGACUGACACCCCUGUCCUACGACCGCAACAUCUUCCACAUCGAGUUCGACCUUGGCGAUUCCGGCCUCACGUACGCCAUCGGCGAAGCCCUGGGGAUCCACGCCGAGAACGACAAAGUGGAAGUCGAGGAAUUCAUAAAAUGGUACGGGCUGAACGCGUCCGAAGUGGUCGAGGUGCCGUCGCGCGAAGACCCCAAUGUGCUCGAGAACCGCACCGUGUACCAGUCGCUGCUCCAGAACGUGGAUAUUUUCGGGCGCCCGCCGAAGCGCUUCUACGAGGCGCUCGCCGAGUUCGCCGACGACGAGAACGAGCGCCGGAAUCUGCUGGCGCUAAGCACGCCCGACGGCGCGACCGAGUUCAAGCGCCGCGCAGAGGUCGACACGAUUACCUACGCGGACAUCCUCCUCGAGUUCCCCUCGGCGCACCCCUCGUUCCACGACAUUGUGCGCAUCGUCGCGCCGCUGAAGAGGCGAGAAUACAGCAUCGCGUCCUCGCAGCGCGUGACGCCGAACUCGGUCAGUCUGCUCAUCGUCACCGUCGGGUGGGUCGACCCCAAGGGCCGCGACCGCUUCGGGCAGGCGACUCGGUAUCUCAACGGCCUUGUGCCUGGGGCGCCUGUGACGGUGAGCGUCAAGCCGAGCGUGAUGAAGCUGCCGGCGAAGAGCACCGCGCCGAUCAUCAUGGCAGGUCUCGGGACAGGCCUGGCGCCCUUCCGGGCCUUCGUGCAAGAGCGCGCGUUGCAGAAGCAGCAAGGCGAGGCCGUCGGCUCCAUCCUGCUCUACAUGGGCUCGCGGCACCAGCGGGAAGAGUACCUCUACGGCGAGGAGUGGGAGGCGUACCGCGACGCCGGCGUCAUCACUUUGCUCGGCCGCGCGUUCUCGAGAGAUCAGCCGCAGAAGAUCUAUAUCCAGGAUCGCAUGCGCCAGAGUCUCGGGGAGAUCAGGGAGGCGUACUUGCAGGGUGAGGGCAGCUUUUACCUGUGUGGGCCGACGUGGCCCGUCCCGGAUGUUACUCAGGUGCUGCAGGAGGCGGUGGAGGAGGAGGCGAGAGUGGCGGGCAGGAAGGUGGAUAGUCGGAGGGAGAUUGAGACGUUGAAGGAUGCGGGGAGGUAUGUGCUUGAGGUGUACUAG